CCCGCACUACCGCCACCGCUCCCCCUUGCGCGCCCUCUUCAGUUCCUCUCUGUUGUUCAAGGCGAACGCACGUCCUUUUUGUGCAAAACAUACCAUAACUUAAAAUGGAGGAUAAACCUUCGUCUUCCGCUUCAAAAAGUGAUAGUGAUGUGUCAGACGAAGAAAUGUCUGAAUCUUCGGAAGAAUCGGAAGAUUCAUUUCAAAAUAAUAAAAUAAAACGUGGACCUUCCGUCUCAACUAUAGUAAAAGCUUUAUCUGUUUUAAAUACAGAUGAUGAUGGUGGCGACCCGCAAUUUCGAAGGAAAAAGAAAUUGACAGUUGAUGAAUUAUGCAAGCGUUGGAAUAUUUUAAAAGUCUUCAAACGCCUCGGCACACAGGAACAGUGCCUCCAGUUUGCCCUGGACAGAGCCCUGCUGCCGACCUCCCGACUGUGCAGGCGCCACAAGACCCCUAUGAAAUUACAAACAAUCGGCGACAGUGUAGGACGAUUUCAGUGUACUAAGGACAUCUGCCGAAAUGGAUAUUUUAGUAGGAGUGACAAUACUUUUUUUGACGGGUGUCAAAUGCAACUUAGGCAGAUUUUGCAAUUGAUGUAUUUUUACGGCGACGGCUUCAACUACGAGGAGACACAGAGGGAGUGCUACGUCCCGGGCCGGGACGAAGCCCUGCCCCUCGCCACCAUCGCCCUGUGGUUCCGCUACUGCAGGGAAGCCGUCGUCAUCUACCAGAUCAAACAUCAAAAGGAAAAAGCAAAAAUAGGAGGCCCUGGUCGUUUAGUUAAAUUAGACGAAUCAAAAUUGGAGCACACGACGCGUGAGGGCGGAAAAAUCAGGCAUAGCCAUUGGAUCAUCGGUAUUAUAGAGGAAGGCACCUCAGACUUCAGAGUGGACAUUUUGCCUGAUAAUGAGAAGAGUAUAAAUGAGAAUAUGGUGAGGUUAGUUAAAAAACACGUGAUCGAAGGAAGCACUAUCCGCGCCAGUGACUGGGCCGCGUACAAGUGCUUGUGUGACCACGGGUACGCGGUGGAGGUGACAGACGAUGCCAGUGAGAGGCUCUGGCAGGUGCUGAAGCGCUCUUACAAGGGGGUGGAAGUGACAGACGAAGCCAUUCUGAGGCCCUGGCAGGUGGUGAAGCGCUACUUUAAGGGUUUGAAGGAGCGCUGCCAAUACCAGGAGGACAUGGAGUUCGCGGAGUGGCUGGUCGAGCGGUCGUGGAGGAAGAGGAUGAAGCUCCGCAGUCUGGAUCCGUUCGAGAAGUUUAUAGAGUGUAUCCAGUAUGUGUAUCCACUGAAGAAACUUAUGUAAUAGGUUACUGCUUGUUUGAUUUCAUGAUUUUCUAAUAAAUAAUUAUACUGAUAUGUUUCACUUUU